AUUAUUAUUAUUAUUAUGACUGGAUGAAAGGAUGGAUGGAUGGAUGUAUGGAUGGAUGUAUGGAAGGAUGGAAGGAUGGAUGGAAGGAUGGAUGGAUGGAAGGAUGGAUGGAUGGAGUGAGCGCGCGGCUGUCGCACCUCCGUCGCGCUGUAAUGACGGCAGCAGCCGCAGGCAGCGCUUCUCUGAAAGUGUCAAACACAAUAUUUCGCCUCAUUUCUGUGGACGAUAGAAAAAACUGUUGGGGGCGGGACAGGCUAAUGUGAUUUCCCCCCUUCAUUUUUUCCAAUAUAUAUGUGCACAUUUCUCUGGAUGGAUGUGUAAUAGGAUUGCUUCUUGAAGCAGCAGCCCGGCGCUCAGACGCGCACGCUGCUCGGUGUCCGCGCGCAGAAGAAAACCCCAAACAGAAACGAUGUCAGCAUUUAAGAAAUGAUUCAUUAGAAGCUGGCGGGCACGCGCUCUAGGCUCCGCGCGCUUUGGCAGGGGUUGUAACUUUAGAUGAAAUCGUAGAAAUGAAUGAUUCGAAGUUGAGUCGCAGCUCCGCGCUCAGACAUUCCUUAUCUCUUGAUGAAGAAAAACGUUUCAUCGUCCGCGCGUCACUGCGCUGCGCCGUUUGUUGUGACAUCACAAACGUGAAUCAUUCGUGUUUGUCAAAGCGACUCCAAACUGGCAGCGAGAUGAGUGGAAUGACGGCGGUCGCGGAGCUCCCGCGCGCGCGCUCCUCUGCAGGGCCUUGAGGGGAGGACGGCCGCGCGGAACUUCUUGUUGCAUCCACACUGAACGACUCGAAACAUGUUGGCUUUCAGACUCAGCCUGGCAGAGACCGAGCGGAUCUGCGCGCCAUGAGAAAAUCUCGGUUCGCUUUUCCUGAAAUCUACGACAAAAGCGCGCCAAAGCCGAGCCCGAUCCACACAGAGACGCAGACGGAGCACGAGGCGCAUCUUCCCACUCACUGCAACUGAGAGUGGCAGCCAUAUUGUUCUCCUCUGUGUUCUUUUCCCACGCACAGGAGGUCUGGCACGCACGCGGAGCGGACUCGCCACUGCGCCAUGCAGAGGACGACUGCGAUUUCAGCUCGAAAUCCGAUCAAAAACAGUCUGAAUAUGUAGGAAUGAUAUCGAUUCAUGCAAAACAUUUACCGGACACACGCAGACGGAAGCCGCGUGCGUGACGGCAAAAAUGACCACACGUACCAAACGGCCUCUUUACGAACGCUGAAGGUAAUCCUCGUGAAGUGAAAUCGACAUUUAAAUUCAUUCACCGAAUUACCAACUUUUUUUUAUUGUAUAAUAUAUUUUAAACGAGCGGAACUCACAGAAAAGUCUCGCGCCGAAGCUUUCCAUAGAUAAACAAAAGAGGCUCUGACCAAAAACUGCUCUCGUCAUCUGAAGACCACGCGCACUGAUUCAGUAAAAAUUAAUUAAUACCUCGAUUUAGGAUAAUUGCUGAAUUAAAAAGGCAAAACAAAAAUAUUUUAGUUAAUUGUUUUCAUAUAUUUGAAUUUUACCGAGACGGGAAAUAAGACAGAUCCAAAACGGAAAGCAGGCACGGGUUCGAAUCUGAAACAAUAUGAAUAUUAAAAAUAUUAUUUUUAUUCAAAUACAUUUUGUUUGGUUUCCGAAAGAUCCCCUCAGGUCUGCAAACCUACAGUCUCGUGCGUCCUGCGCGCGCUGGAUGUCAGGGAGCUUCUCUGUCUCGGUGACGGGCGCGCUACAAAGCUCCCCAACAAUGAACACGGUCACCGCAUCAAACCUACACCCCAACGCGGCUCUCUCGGCUCUGUAUUCUCCAGGCCGCGCAGACGGGAUGAAACGAAAGGCUGCAGAGCCGGAAGUGCUGCUCACGCGCAGAGAAGGCUGCUGCGGUUUCUUUCACUUCUCCAGUUUGUGUCUUUAGCUCCAAUUAUCGGAUUUGCUUUCCGGUUAUUGAACUUUCUCUCUCAUUUUUCCAUCACCCUGCUUCUCAUCUUAUCUCCCUCCCUCUGUAAUUGUCUGGAUGGUAAAAGACAAUGUGUGCGCGUGGGCAGAUAACACAAUUGCAGGAGUGGGGAGACAGGGAGCCAAAGCCAAGUGCGUCUGCGGGAGUUUGGUCUUUAGGAUAUGCAGAGACCCCCUCCCUGAAAUAAGAACAUUCAGAAAACAGCGUGCUGUAAUCCUUUCAUUUAUGACUCCAAAACGAGAUUCUGAGUGAUUGCCUUUAAAUGCAACGGAUCGAGUCAGAGGGGGGGGGUCCCCAUCCUGUUUGAAGGAUGUGACAUUUCAAACAAGAAGUUUUCAUGCGCUGCUCCUGUUUGAGCUAAAGUCCCAGUUAGCGUCUGAAGCUCGGGUCAGAUCACAGCAGAAUGCCUGCUCCUCACUCCCUCUCGACCUUCUCCCGCUCCUUCCUCUCCUCUGAUCGCGCCCAGUUUGACGCCAUGUAAUGACCACCAUCUGGCCCCCGUGCAGUUCGGACGGACACGCGGGUCACGGAAAACGUGCCAAACCCAGAUCAUCAGAGCACCCCCACUUUCAAGCGUUUUUUCCCCCCAGAGUCCACGGGCCGGUUCAGGAACAGUUCACUCUGUCAAUCCACCCGCGGCGCGCGCAGGGCCUGACCUGCGGGGACGCGCGGGUGGAAGGAAGGCCACAGACUCAAGAGAAGCUGUUCAGGAACGGCUCGUUGAUGUGCGGGUUCUCGCGACGGUAACAGGUCAGUGAGGUAACCAAAAGAGGAGGGGGAGACAGAGGGAGACAGAUGAGCUGCUGAGAGCUGCAGACACCAGCAGAAAACAGAGAUGCCGGGAGUUCAGGGGAUCACUCCACGAAGGUUCGAGCUCUUCUCGACCACCGUCCAGCUCUGAGUGCAGCGGGUCCAUCUGACCCAACAGCCCGCAUGCAGCGGGACCGACCGGGCGGACCAGAAGACGAGUAUUUGCAGCUCAGUCGGAGGGGGUGGGGGUUGAGCGCGCGCGCACGGUGCUCUGCUUUUUUCUUUUUUGUGAGUGUGUAAGGUGAGGUAGUACAGCGAGCCCCGGAACGAGCAGUUCCCAUCAGCUCGUGUCCCUGCUGUCGGCAGGCGAGUUUCUGUCAGAUUUAUAGCUGCUGAGAUUAAAAAAAAACAAAACAAAACAAAAAAAAACGCGUCUGCGCCACGGUGUGCGCCAGAGGUGCAGCCAUGGAUGCACAUCGGUUACAGCAGCAGGCAAUGGGGUCGUUCAAGUGGCGACUUUAACAUUUUUUCUCACCAGAAUAUUUUUCUAGAAUAUCAAAAGUCUCGCGCGUAAUUUCGCCCUGGAAAUUAGCAGAAAAAUCCGUCGCGGGAUUUCUGCUCCCGCACGAGUCCGCUCCGCAGCCAGCUCAUCCCGGAGAGAAGCGCGGAGAGGAGAUCCAGCGGGAGGCGCGCAGCAGAGCAGAGCAGGUCAGAUUGCAGGGGACCGUUGGGAAGACACCGUCACGUGACCUCCGGUACCAAAUGGUCUUCCGGCAGUGGGUUUCAGUAAGGACCGGAGCCCCAGAAGACGCCGCCUCUCCCAGACAUGCAGAAGACUUCCUACUACGACAACUCCUCCGCGCUCUUCGGCGGCUACUCCUCCUACCAGGUGCAGGGCGCAGCGGCGGCGGCAGCAGCGGCCGCCGCCAACGGCUUUGGGAGCUACGAUGCGCCGGUCCCGGUGUCCCACCACCAGCCCAGCUUCCAGUCGGCGGCCCACCUGGACGUGGACUCGUACCAGCCCUCCGCGUGCUCCCUGCAGGCCCUGGGCAGCGGCGGGGGCCUGCAGCAGCAGCUGGCCAAGACCAAGGAGCUGAACGGCAGCUGCAUGAGGCCCAGCCUGCCGCCUGAGCACCUCCCCGCCUCCCAGGUGUCCCCCCCGCUGCCCCCCAACCCCAGCAAUGGCAGUGCCGCCGCGCAGCAGCCGGGGGGCAGUGCCGGCUCCUCCACAGCCUCCAAGUCAGGCCCCAAUAAGUCAUCCAACUCUUCCUCCUCCACAUCCUCGUCCUCCUCGUCCUCCUCCUCCUCCCUGCCGCCCAACCCCGCGCUGGCCAAGCAGAUCUUCCCCUGGAUGAAAGAGUGUCGGCAAACGACCAAGCAGAAAAACUGUUCACCCAGCAACAACUCUGGCAACGUGUCAGGAGGAGCGGAGAGCGGCAGCAGCGGGGAGAAGAGUCCCACCAGCGGCUCGUCGGCGUCCUCUAAACGAGCUCGGACGGCGUACACCAGCGCUCAGCUGGUGGAGCUGGAGAAGGAGUUCCACUUUAACCGGUACCUGUGUCGGCCCCGGCGCGUAGAGAUGGCCAACCUGCUCAACCUGUCCGAACGGCAAAUCAAGAUUUGGUUUCAGAAUCGACGUAUGAAGUACAAGAAGGACCAAAAGUCCAAGGGCUUGAGCUCCAGCUCCGGAGGGCCGUCCCCCACAGGCUCCCCCCCUCUGCCUAUGCAGUCCUCUGCCAGCUUCCUAAACUCCAUGCACCCCAUGGGAGGAGGGGGCGGAGCAGGGGGCCCAGCCUAUGACACCCCUUCGCCGCCAUCUUUUGGAAAACUCCACCAAGGAGUGUCUUAUUCAAUGUCUACUGCCUAUUCUAAUGUUCCCAUGAAGAGCUGCCCCCCUCAGAAAUAUGGUGCCCCAGACCCAGAUUAUGGCGACCCCCAUUCCCACCACAGCCUGGUGCAGGCCAACAACACUGGUUAUGGGACACCAACUAACAUACAGGCCAGUCCAGUCUACGUUGGGGGCAGCGGCUACGUGGAACCCAUGGCUGGGUCGGGGCCCUCCAUGUACGGGCUAAACCACCUGGGACCCACGCCGCCUCACCACCAAACCAUGGACUACAACGGCGCGGGGCCCAUGUCAGCCUCCAACCAGCACCACGUGGGUGGAGGGGGGCCUCAGGGUCCCUGCGACCCCCCCACACACCCCACCUACACCGAGCUGUCGGCGCACCACACCUCUCAGGGCAGAAUCCAGGAAGCACCCAAGCUCACCCACCUGUAGCAGGUUUGGAACAAAACGACAAUGCAGGAACUAGUGAAGACUCCACAAACGAGUAGCACCACGUGUCUCACUAACAAGCUAGCUGACGUGUGGGGGCUCUACUGCUGCAAGGGGACAGCGGGAGAGACAAAAGAAGACAGACACGCCCAUCCAGUGGUUUGCCUUCUGCUCUACGGCCACAAAGAGCAAAAAUCAGUGUUGACAUCCGGGUUCUGCGUUGAACCAUCCGUGUGGUCACACAUUCGUUUGGCCACACGGAUGGUUCGACGCCAAGUCUUUAGAACUCAAAAGUAAACAUGUAAAUGAUGGUGUCACUACGUUUGCUGGAUGCUGCAUCAGCUACAGCUACAACAAAAAAACACUGCACUGCCAGAAUAGCUUCUGGAACCAUUUUGGUCCAACCUAGAACCAUCAGAAGAGUCCUAAAUGUUCCUCCUCACUUUAACUGCCUUCAUCAGAGCAGCUCUGAGCAUCAAAGUACAAGGAGACGAGUCACUCACAUGACUUGUUGCAGUGGCCAAAAAAUAAAUAAAAACUGUGUGGAUGUACGAUCCCGGACAAGCCCCCAAAUGUAUGUUACACCCCUGUUUUUAUUAGCAAGGCCAGGUGGGGCAGAAAAUGUGGACCCCAAGUGGGUUUGUCCACAGAUUCAGUGGUGGCCCCACUUGUGUUUGCCCACAUUAGCUUUGGUGGGCACUCAGUGGGUUGGCUUGCUACACUAGCUAGCUGCAAAGGUGGACAACGGAGCUUGCUAGUUUGCUACAGGGGAGCUUGCUAGCUUGAUACAAAGGAGCUCGCAAGCUUAAUGCACUGGAGCUUGCUAUAGUGGAGCUUGCUAGCUCGAAACUACGGAGCUUGCUAGUUUGAUACAGCGGCGCUCACUACAGCAGAGCUCGCUACAGAUGAGCUCGCUAGCUCGCUACAGCAGAGCUUGCUAUCUACAGCAGAUUUCUCUAUCUCAGUACAACGGAGUUCGCUACAGCGGAGCUCGCUGGCUUGUUACAGUGGAUUUUGCUAGAUUGAUACAGCAGAUUUUGCAAGCACGCUACAGCGGUGUUUGCUACACCAGAGGUCGCUAGUUUGAUACACCGGCGCUCCCUACAGCGGAGCUCGCUUCAGAUGAGCUCGCUAGCUCGCUACAGCAGAGCUUGCUAUCUACAGCAGAUUUCUCUAGCUCAGUACAACGGAGUUUGCUACAGCGGAGCUUGCUAGCUUGGUGCAGUGGAGCUUGCUUGCAUGCUACGCCAUCCACCAGGAGGCCGGUUAGCGUAGGGAACCAACCCACUGAGUGGCCACCUCAGCUAAUGUGGGCAAACACAGGUGGGGCCACCACAGAAAUUGCAGAUUAACCAAAUUGGGGCCCACAUUUUUCAGCCACUUUGAAACCAUAUGGGCCCCAUUUGGCUUUGCUGGCUGGGCCCUAGACUGAAAAGGCGCGUAGCUAUGUCAAAUUAAAUAGAAUGGAGAAAUAGCAAUAUUUGGCAUAUUAGUUUGAUGCUUCACAUGAAUUAUUGGCUCACUGAGCUUUAACUCUUCCUAUAGGCCUUUUUAAAACGCUUGUUAAUCCUCACUUGAAGUAUUUUGCGUUGUGAGGUGUUUUUGUAUGCAUAAAUAGUGACAUAACUUGACAGAUGUUAGCUUACAAAUGCAGAAAUUUAUCUGAAACGCCACAAAGAAAUUGGAAGUAAAGGAUGUUUAAGUCAAUCACUUUACUACAGUCUAAUUAAAUCUCAUGGUUCCCAUGGAAGUACUAUGCUGCUGUCUUCUUUUUUAGAUGAUUUUUUUAAAGGACUGGGGCCAAACCGUGAAAGUAGGAACAGGGAUGUAGUAAAAAAAAGCCUGUAAUGACCCUCUUAGAGAUAUUAUGCGGUUGAAAAUUGUUCUUUGAUGGCAAAUUCUCCCCCCAAGACCCUCUUACACACACGGCUCUCCUGCCUGCUAGAUGAACUCGUUGAGAUUUUAAUGGGCAGUUAAGGAGGUGGUUGGAUUUAUUAUGCUGGGUGUUCUCCCCCUGCAGGCAACACAUGUUGUUGUCAGCAGUGGAGCUGAGCUGUACGCGGGGCUCAGGCCCUCCAUCAGCCGGAGAAAUGCAACACUGCUCCACAAAGCACAGAGAAAAACCACUGGACGGCCGGCCUCCCCACUCGCUGUCUUCUUUUUGCUUCCUGCAGUACCCGUCUGUGUCUGUCUGUCUGUCUGUGUAGAUCGACCCAUCACUAACCCACCCGUCCCACACUCACCGCGAGCUCCCCCAUCACUGUAACAGGGUUUUAUAGGCUAAACUCUCAGUCACGCCUACAUGCAACAUUAAGCUUCCUUCCUUUCUCAAGCAGAGUUGCCAGCUGUUGACGUGUUCAAACAAACCUGUGAGAGGACAUGCAAGGCGCAUCUUACUUUUGGCACAUCGUCGACACAGGGUAAAUACCAAGAGUUGAGAGAACUAUUUAUUUAUGUUUAUGUAAGCCAUCCUCUCGGACCCCGCUCCCCUCCACGUCUCUGUCACACUCUCGAUUUGUGGAGCUGUAAAACCCACAUUUUCUAUUGUUUUGUUCUCUCAUGUCUUGACUUUUAAUGUGGAAACAGGGUAUAUAUUUGAACAAAAUGCAUGUCCCAGGAAUCUGAGCAGAUGUGUACAACUUGUUUUUCUUCAAAACAACUGGGAUUAUUUGUCUGGGCUGUCAGUGGGAGUAACUUGGGGGCACAGCCGUCCCCCCGACUCCCCACGUUCAGGGUGCAAAUUCCUCCAGUUGUUUUCAAAAGUUCAUAACCUACACAAAUGCUUUUUUACAUCUGGGCAUCAUUGUUGCACUUAGAGUUUACAUUUUGAUGGUUAAAGGUUAAAAAAAAUAAUGAAAUCUUAUUUUGAAGACGGAAGGCCUUCCAAUCAAAGCGUCUUUCGCCAAUGUGUGUUCAAGUGAACAUUCAUAUAUAAAUAUUUAUUUGUUAUAGCCAGUCUAAAAGGACUUUCUGUUUUAUAUUAAUAUUAUUUAUCCUUCAUGUAUUUAUAUUGAGGAAAAAAAUACUGUACUUUUUUAGUAUUUACCUGGUAUGAAAAAAAAACAAAAAUAACAUUGUGUUUCCUCUUGUCCCUUGUACUGAAGUUAUACUUUUUUAGUUCUUGUAUUUUAGAAGAAAAUGCGUAGUUUUUAUGUUACUCGACUGGCCCUUGUACAUAAGUGUUUUGACUUGUACAGGGAAAACGGCGAGUGUUGGGACUCUGGUCCCGCCAGUGCAUAGUAUGAAAAUAGAGACAAAUAUUAGCUGGAGAACUGAACACGUUUUUUUGAGGUUUUUUUUUCUUUUUUUUUUUUCUUUGCUCUUUGUAGCUCUUUUUUCUUUAAUUGUCGCGAGAGUUGUCUGUCAAACAAUUCUUUAAUAAAAUGUUAUGUUAUUCA